UAUUCUGCCAUUUCGACAGCGGCCGGCAUCGAUUAUCUACGAUUUCUUAACUCUUUUAAAUCUCAAAUCCUUCAAACAUGUCUGCUAACGAAGAAAGAACCUUCAUCAUGGUCAAGCCAGACGGUGUCCAAAGGGGACUCGUUGGCAAGAUCAUCAAGAAAUUCGAGCAGAAAGGCUUCAAGCUUGUUGGAAUGAAAUUCAUGUGGGCUUCUGAGGAUCUCCUGAAGAAACACUACUCUGACUUGUCCAGCAAGCCAUUCUUCAAUGGACUCGUCAACUACAUGCACAGCGGCCCAGUUGUCCCCAUGGUUUGGGAAGGUUUAAACGUCGUUAAGACCGGCCGUGUCCUCUUGGGCGCUACCAACCCAGCUGACAGCGCACCCGGAACCAUCCGUGGUGAUCUCUGCAUCCAGGUCGGACGUAACAUCAUCCAUGGCUCCGAUGCAGUUGAAUCCGCCAAGAAGGAAAUCGACCUCUGGUUCACUGAAAAGGAAUUGGUUGGAUGGACCCCAGCUCAAAAGACUUGGGUCUAUGAAGAUUAAUUUCGUUCCAUUUAACAUAUCUUUGUGAUAUAUUUAUAAUAAAUAAGUAAAAAAAAA